CCGAACCAAACCCCGAGCAACUCUAGGGUUCGCCGCCAUGCCUCAGGGAGACUACAUCGAGCUCCACCAGAAGCGCCAUGGACGGCGCCUGGACUACGAGGAGCGCAAGCGCAAGAAGGAGGCCCGCUCGGUCAAGAAGAACUCCAAGGAUGCCCGCAACUUGCUCGGCGCUAAGGGGAAGAGGUUCGCCAAGAAGCGGUAUGCCGAGAAGGCGCAGAUGAAGAAGACCCUGAAAAUGCAUGAUGAGUCAACUUCCCGUCAGAAGGUUGAUGAUGAUGUUCAAGAGGGCGCUAUCCCACCCUAUCUGCUGGAUCGUGAUCAGACACAGCGCGCCAAGGUUCUCAGCAACACCAUUAAGCAAAAGAGGAAAGAAAAAGCUGGAAAAUGGGACGUUCCCUUGCCAAAGGUCAGACCAGUUGCUGAAGAAGAGAUGUUCAAAGUUCUUCGGACUGGCAAGAGGAAAACAAAGCAGUGGAAGAGAAUGGUAACUAAAGCAACCUUUGUUGGUCCUGGAUUUACAAGGAAGCCACCAAAGUACGAAAGGUUCAUUCGGCCCACUGGUCUGCGUUUCACGAAAGCUCAUGUGACUCACCCUGAACUGAAAUGUACGUUCAACCUCGACAUAAUUUCUGUGAAGAAAAAUCCAAAUGGUCCAAUGUAUACUUCUCUUGGGGUUAUGACAAGGGGAACAAUCAUUGAGGUGAAUGUCAGCGAACUUGGACUUGUAACCCCUGCUGGAAAAGUUGUUUGGGGUAAAUACGCCCAGGUGACAAAUAACCCAGAGAACGAUGGCUGUAUCAAUGCUGUCUUACUUGUGUGAAGUCGUUAUGCAAUUCUGGAUAAUGUGAUGUGGCACCCACCCUGUUUGUAUCUGGUCCAAGGAGGGCAGUUUUGUUUUGUUAGAAU